AUGGCUCCAUUACGAGCCAGAGCGCACAAUGCUCAAGGAAACCCUGGUGAGCUCUCCGUGCUCCGGGAAAUGGUUCAAACCGUUUCCCGGGAGUGCGAACCGCGCCUGGGCAUGCCUGCCAGUGCUAUCCAAGCCAAAGUGCCGACUAUCGAUGCUUUCUUUGACGCGAUCGCUGCGGAGCGCCUGAGACACAUGCCGGCGGACGGAAGCCGACUCGACGGCGCUCUUCGACGCGCAUCCAGCCUGGCCUUUGCCGUGGCCUCGUUACGCGAUGCUGUUGUUUCUUUCAUGGACGGCGCGGAGGAAGCCACUAAAUUGGUUUGGGGUGGCCUUCUACUGCUCCUAGAGAAGGGAAUCGAGCAUGUGGACAUCCUGGACAGCAUUUUCGGUCGGUAUGGGCGUGUUACUCUUCAGAUUUCUCUCUUGCUACAGCAGGAGAGCUUCUUUAAAGAAUCCACUUCUUUGCAGAACGAGGUGGCCAAGACGUACGCCAGUUUGCUGCAGCUUGUGCUACAUGUUACCAUGGAGUACUCUGACGCGUCACGGUCUUCGGACUGGCUGAUCAUGGGCGAAAAUGUCGAUGCCGCUUUUUUCCAGUUUCACAACAGUUUCAACACCAAUUGGCGAAAACUGUCAGAGCUCGCCUUAUCCAAGAGGACGACCACGGAUGUUGCUGCUAUCUAUCAGUUCCUCGAUCUGCAGGAUCGUCCACUCCAGAUGGUUCUCGAAGGACACAAUCACUCCCUGGCGGAAGGCUCUUUUGGGUGGUUUGACCCGCAUCUCACGACUUUUACCCUCGGCAACCGUGAGAUGAUGGUGAUAACAGGCAGUCCAGGGGCAGGAAAAAGUGCACUGGCGCAAUGGACGGUUGAGCGCCUGCAAGUCUCAUCCGAGAACGACAUCUGGGACGUCAUUCCCUGCUGGGUACGGGAGGAUGUGCCUAUCACGACUUUGACCCUUACCAUCCUCAAGGGCAUUCUCCAUCAAAUGCUGGACCGAUGUGUCAGCUCAUGGAAGACCCAAGAGCGUAUUCUAACGUCGGUUCGAGACGCUGCGCAGAUGGCCUCCACUGGGGCUACAGACACUCAGGUGGAAGAUGUGCUCUGGUCGGCUGUGAGAACGGCAAUGCAGUCCCACAUGCACUUCAUAAUUGUCCUGGACGGCCUCGAUCAGAUCAAGAAUGCCAAAACCACCAUGGCUGGAUUCCUUGCGCGCCUACAAGGUUGUAUCUCCGGCACAUCGUCGAAGCUUAUCAUCUUUUCCAGAGAACUUCCAGCGCAGCAGCAGCUUGGGAAAAGCACUCAACAACUCUCGCUGACUCCCGCAUUGACUAAUACCGACUUGCUCGCGGCUGUUACCGACGCCAUCGAGUCAGACGGCCAAUUCUAUGGACUGGCGGAGGAUCAGAUAGACACGAUGGCCCAACGCAUCGUGGACCGCGCUCAAGGAUGCUUCGUUUGGGCGCAGCUCACUCUCGAAUCUAUGAAACAGGAGUCGACCUUCAAGGGGAUGAUGAGUGCAAUCCAGCAAGCACCAGGCGAUGUUAACGAGCUUAUUGGCAACCAUCUGAAUACCACUGACAUCACCCGGCCUGACAUCCGCUGUCUCCUUGCCUGGCUGGUGGCCUCCGAGCGUCCUCUGCGCAUCAAGGAAGUAGAAGAGCUGCUCUCGGUGGACGCGGAGAGUCUCAAGCGAACGCCGCGUCCAGCCGGCGCCGAACGCAACAUAUUCAAGCCCCUGGGCCGCUUGGUUAUGGUUCGCGAUGGAUUCGUGGCCUUCCGCCAUUCUAUGAUCCGUGAGAACCUGCGGCAACGCGCCAUGUCCGCUGACAGCGGCUACUCAGACAAUCAGGGAUUCCCGUUCAACCUCGAGGAGGCACACAACGAUCUCCUCACGCGAUCCUUGGCCUGGACCAGCCUCUGUGUCAAGGAAGAGGUGGCAAUCUCCAUGGACAAAUUGCCAGGGCAGCAGCGCGACGUUCUCUUCGACUCGUAUAUCCUCCUGGAAUACACUUCGCGCUACUGGUUCUCGCAUCUGCUUUCGUCCCCGAUGAUCACCUCCGACCGUGAAUUUGCCUUUACGCCGGUCUUCAAGACCUCCUUGCCCAGUUCGGUCCUCUUUGCGCAGCUGGAACUGACCAGUCGGGAGUCGCAGUUUAGUCGAUCCAGCAUCCUGGAGCUCUACCGGCUAUCGGUCGCGGUGCGUCGUGUGGCGCUGGGCGAGAAGUCUCCGGCAUUCUUGCAGAGUCUUAUUCUCAGCGCUCGUGCAGCCGACUUGGCCAAGGCCAGCUGGGCUAACGAUCAUCUGUAUGAAGCAUGGACGCUCAGUCGGUCGCAGCUGGGGGCCUCCUCUCCAAUCUCCAUGGAGAUGGAACAGCUGAUGCUGACCGCUCCUCAGCAGGGAGGCCGUGGCGACAAGACCGCGGGCCUGCGCACCGAGGCCCUUCGCGAGAUGACCUUGUCCCACUGGGAGUCGACAGAGAUCACCUUUACCCGCCGCGUGGAGUAUCUCACCACCUUGGUCACCACCUACCAAAGCAGCAACCAGAAUGAGGAGGCGUACAGCGUUUCAAGGCAGUUCUACCGACAAACACUGGACAAGUAUGGUAGUCAUUCAGCGGAGAGUAUGCAAGCGGCGGAUUUCCUCACCCAGCACUUCCAGAUCGCUUCCUCCGACGAACUCGCGCUGGAGAUUGCGCGGCUUAAAUACGACAAUAUGGUGCGUUCGAUGGACGUCACAGACCACCGUCGCAUCUCCUACUCGUUCUACCUCGCUCAGCUGUAUGAGGAAAAGCAUAAGACCAAGGAGGCAGAGUCGAUCUUGCGAAACCUCUGGGUCGCGAUUUGCUCGCACGACAUUGAUUCCGAAUGGACAUGGGAGAAAAAGACAAAGGUCGCCUUUGUGUACUACCAAUUCCUGCAUCGUCACGGCCGCCACGAGGAGGCCAAGAUGGUCCUUGGCGAGCUGUCCUCAGAUCUAGAAUCAGGCGGCAUCCACUCGCAGGCAAUGGCAGAUCGCGCCACAAGCCUUCGAGCGGAGGCGCGCGAGCAGGGCCUCAUCGGAAUGGAGCGGACCCUCUCCAUGCUCAUUUGGAACUACUACCUUGCAAGCGGAGACCAGUACUCGCCCGAGGCCGUCGCUCUGGCCGAGGAGCUCGCCGACGAGCUGAUGGCCGCCCAUACGACGGUUGAAAGUCUCGCGGCCUUAUCUCAAGAGGAGCGCCUCUACAUCCACAGCCUUAUGGGCAGCAUUGCGUCGUCGGGCAGCGGUCGCCACUCGACGUCUGUUUUGACCUUGUGUCACAACCUCUGCACUCUGCAUAUCCGCGAGGGACAGUGGAAACAAGGCAGUGACUGUGCCUGGUCAGUCCUGAAGCACGUAUGGCCGGAUGUCCAUGAUCCUAAUUCCGACGCCAAGUUCCGCUCUGACCGCGCCCCGUUGAUCGCGAAUAUCGUCCUGGACUAUGCGUACUGUCUUUUCCGUCGCCUUGAUGUCGCCAACGCGACGAAGGUCUACGGAAACGCGUUCAAGGCAUCCAUUACCGCGGAGAAAGUGCCCGUGCCGCAUCUCACCGCUGUUGUCAAGACUGUGAUUGAAUUUUAUGAAACCACGUUCCAGUUCUCCAAGGCGCUGAUCCUCCUGCAUCAGGUCAGCCAGUUCUUCAUCUCUCGCCUGGGCGAUUCCGACAAGCAUACGAUCGACAGCCUGUACUGCGAGGGUGACUUGGCCAUUCGCCUGGACCGACAGGACGAGGCUGAGGCUGCGUAUCGCCACGUCUACCAGGUCAGCACCCAGGAGGGUAAGGUCAACUCGACCGGUGUUCGGGCAGCUAUCGCUCUCAUCGGUAUCUAUGAACAGAAACAGGACCGCGAAUGCGCUCUACAGGUUUACCGUCAUCUCUGGCCGACUCUUGUGCGUUUCGACGAAAAGGAUGGCUAUGACCGUGCGCUUCUGGAGGGUCUGCUAGACAAGACGUACAAGGGAUACAUGGCAACCUUAACCGCCAGCACUGCGGUGGAAGGCCACGCGGAACGCUACACCGUGGCGUCUCAGUACCUCCAGCUUUGUAAGAAGAUUCAUGGGCAAUCGAGCCCAACAACUCGGGAUGCUACCCUUCGUCUCGCGGAGAUCUGCGAGAAAACCGAUAGCCAUCUGGAAGAGGCGCUUGCCCUUUACCGGCAUAUCCUCAGGACGAAGGAGUGGGUGCCUCAAUCGCAGGCCUCCCGGCCUUUGCCUGAUAUGACGGAUUCGACGGCGAUGAAUAUCAAGCACAAGGUCGCUCAGAUCUAUCUUCGCAAGAAGAGCACCUCCGACGAGGCUCGUGCUUUGUACAUGGAGGAGCUUACCUUGUCCAAGCAGCAGCGCGGUCUAUCCUCCUCCCCGACACUUUUGUGGCUGCGUGAAGUGGCUCUGGUCUAUGCUAUGAAGGAUACGAUCGAGUCGCACAAACAGGGUGCUAGCAUUCUACGGGACCAUGUCAACGAGGUCAUCCGCGUCACUGCUAGUCGCGAAGCGCUGGUUGAGCGCGCUCACCGUCUUGCGGAGAUCUAUCUGGAAUGCGGGUACAAGGAUGCGGGCUACGACUUGAUCGACGAGCUUCAUAAGAAGGUCAUUCAUGAAACCCCCGCCGCACAACGAUUGGCCCUGAACGAGCACCGCCCUGCGGUGUUUGUUGCCGCGUUCGAGGAGGAGUUUGGCAAGAAGAGGACUUACAGCCAGAUUCUCGACUCCUUGUCUCAAGAAAGCGGCGUGUACAGUGAGUACCAGACGAGCCUUACCCGGCACGACCUCGUCACCACUCUCGUUACCGGCCAGAAGCUUCACGUUCUGCAGACCGAGCAGAGACGCACGACAGCAGCCACCAAGACGCAGGGCAGCUUGUACGAAUACUUUUGCAACUCGCUGUCUGUUUCUCCCCCGUUGCGCUCCAAGGACGUGGUGCACCAGUUCUACAACCUAUGUCGUCGCGAGGUUGUUAAUCCGGCCUAUAAUAUCAACAUUAUCACGGAGACUACCCACAUGGUCCGCGACUUGUGCAACGCCUCACGCUUCCAGGAUGCCGCAGAUUUGACAGGCGUGUUUCACUCGUUUGUGCACCUGACCGACGGUCUGAACAACCACGAGGCAAUCUUUACAGCCAUCAAGCUCUGCCUGUAUCUCAACGGUUACCAUACAAGCAAGUGCUCGGACAGUGUCACUGCCAAGAACAUGGCAUUUGAGUCACAGAUGCUCCUUCAAGAAAUCAUGGCCAGAGCUCGCCAUCUAAAGAUUGAGUUUUCUGAACUCCCAUUCGCCGAACUGAACGAUCUAGUUACAGUAUUGGGCGAACACGAGAUGUUUGACGAUCUAGAGGCCAUCCUCACCGACCUAUGGACCUCGCGCAUCGUCCAGAAGACCUGGUCUUCCAACAUGGUCGUCUGGAUCGGCCGUCGGCUGGUGGAAACCCGCUUCUGCCGCGGGCACACCACGGCCGCAACCCAGCUGGGCAAAGACAUCUGCUACAACUUGCGGCAAGUCUGGGGCAACUUCGACCCCGUCACGCUGGAGAUGACCAAGCUGCUCUCGGGCCUGUACACGGCAUCAGGCAACCACCUCGCGGCAGUGGCGCUGCACGAGUCAGCGCUCCACGAGCUCCUGAACGACCCGGACGUGGACGAGGCGCAUGCGGCGGAAACCGUCAGCCAGCAUCUGCAGCUUCUCAAGAAUGCGCAGGCGCGGCUCAGCAAGGAGAGUGGCCAGGCUGUGGAUACAGGCGCCUACGACGAGCUAGCGCAGCAGGUUGCUACCAAGUUUGGCGUGAGGCCGGAGAGUCUGCAGGCGGCAGGUGAGGACGUCGGCAUGUGGCAGCGUCCGAGGAGGUUCAGUCUGGAUGUGGAGGAGGACCAGAUGCAUUCGAACCAUCUGCGCAGCAGCAGUGGCUCGGCGUUGCUGACUGGGAAUGCCGGGGCCAAGCGGAUUUCGAUCACUGCCUUGUAG